UAACUUCGUUUGUCUCUGAUAACUUUCAGUUUGUCUCUGCAGACCUUCACUCUGUCAACAUGUCUGUGCUGCUGCUGCUGCUGUUAAUCAGCGGAGCCCAGGCUUCUUAUCACGGUUUUGUCUUCAACUACGCUUUCGGAAACUUUUACCCAGGCGGAUACACGCUACCCUACGACUUUAAGUUGAGCUUCAGCUCCUGUGAAGAGUUCGACACUGAGACUUGUUUUGGAUACUGUAGUGGGCCAACUUAUUCAGUCGAUGAAACUGGAGGUGAAUGGUGUCAGAAAGGAUAUGCUGACACUUUCUCUUAUCCAUACAUGGGCACAUUAACUGAAUCGGUUAGUACAGCAGCCUGGACAGAAAACAGAAAUGGGAUUGUCCUAUCGAAAGCAGUUUUGAAGUUUGACACCAGAAACCGGUCUGACAUCUACAAACCCAACUCAUCGCCCCGGACCACCAUCCUCCCUCUGGUCAGAGUUCCUUCAAACUGUCAGAGGAACAUCAACCUGCUGGUCUCUGACCCGGAUGGAGACGACGUCAGAUGCAGAUAUGCAGCCGGAUCAGAGUGCAUCACCUGCACUCCUCCGUCUGUCCUCAGUGUCUCAUCUUCUUGUUCUCUGUCAUUCAGUCCCACUAACAGCAGUGCUGAAGGUCCGUAUGCGGUUCAGAUGGUUCUGGAGGAUUUUCCCACACAGACCAUCACUCUGACUGAUAGCUUUGGUUCACAAGUGAUGAAAACUGCCAGCGACUCCAUCGGCACCACGCCUAUCCAGUUUGUUUUCAGAGUGGAUCCUGCAGCUCCGUCCUGCACAGCAGGUGAAUAUCUGCCCAGGUUUCUGCCUCCAACUCCUGAACAUGGAGAUCAGAUCUAUACCAACGUCAACCAGGCUGUGGAAAUCAGCGUCAGAGCAGAAGCUACCCAGGCUGAGACCACUGAGCUGCUGUUCAGCGGGCCGCAAGGAUUUACCAAGAGUUCAUCAGGGCCAGGAAACUUCAGCCUGACAUGGACGCCAUCGGCCACUGAAGCGGGACUGGGCCAUCCUCUCUGCUUCGUUGUCCAAGCAAACUCCUCCGGCUCUGUGUACCAGUCUGACCUCCGAUGUGUCACUGUGACGGCUGGGAGCAGUCCAGUCACUGCUUCCCCUCCAACUACACCUCCAACUACAACUACACCUCCAACUACAACUACACCUCCACAACCCACAACAAUUUCACCUCCAACACCCUCCAACCCAAACUCAGAAUCAUAUUAUGUUUUGGCUCUGAAUGCAAAGCUUUCCACUUCACUGUCACUGAAGAAUGAAUCUGCGACCAUCAUCAACCUGAUUAAAGAGGAGCUGGAAAGACAAGGACUGCCAGCAGGAAUAAUCGUAGAGCUGCUAAACAGUGGUGCAGUGCAAGUCGCCCCCUAGUGGCUGAACAAAAGAAAUAAUCUGUUCCUCAUUGGGAAAUGUGAUUUGAUAUAAAAUGUUUUCUUUAAUCUUUGAUUCAUAGAGUUAUACUUAUUUUAUUGAAUCAUAAGGACUCAGAAUAUUCCCAGUUAUUAA